AUGAACUCGAGUGCCCCGCCGUGGCGUGCGACAGCUUGGGCCCCGACCUCGACGCCCGUUGCUUCCCAAGUCUCUGCGGCCCCUGCCUAUAUUCCAGUACAAGCACGUCGUAGCCUUGCCUCUAAUAAGAUCAAUCAUCUACCUUCCAACGGAUCCCCGGCUCCGCAACCCAACAUGUCGGCAGCGGACGAAGCCCCUCGGCCUCGCGUGGAAUUCCCGCCCGCGGUGCGCCUUUACGUGCAACGAUGCUUUGCUCCCGAGAACCAGGUUGCCAGUGUGAGCCACUCCGAAAUGCAAGAGAAGCUGCGACACGUUAUUACCGAUGCGGCGGAGAAUCAUAAGCUCGACAUGAUCGACUGGGAGCGGCUGGCCCUGCCGCAGGUCAUGAUUCAAAAUGAACGCAACAAGAUUCUGGCCAACCCGAGUGUCUCGAAUUGGGGAAUGUCCAGUCUACCGUCUUCCCCAGGAGACACCGGUCGCAAGAGGAAAUCAACAGAUACCAACCAGCAGCAGUCCGGGAAAGAGUCGCCACCAUGGAGAAAAGCUAACAAUCGCAAUCGGUUUGAGGACCGAGUCACUUACCCGUCCACAGAGAAGAAACAACGAAUGACACUGGAUGACUCUAGUAAGUCAAAAGCUAAUUUGGAGAUGAGGAAGAAGCGUUUUGAGGGCGUCGGCUAUGGAAACUCUGGCACUUCAUCCCCAGUCGACUCGCCCUCGCGCAGCGUCGACCCGGACCAAGGACCCGUAGUGGGACGCUGCCAAACUCUGGAAAAGAACUACUUCCGCCUGACAUCUGCUCCCAAUCCGGAUACUGUCCGCCCGUUACCGGUCCUCCAGAAGGCCCUGGACUUGUUAAAAAAGAAAUGGAAGCAGGAGGGCAACUACACCUACAUAUGUGACCAGUUCAAGUCGCUGCGCCAGGACCUGACGGUGCAGCAUAUCCGGAACGAGUUCACGGUCCUUGUCUACGAGAUCCACGCACGCAUCGCCUUGGAGAAGGGGGAUCUUGGUGAGUAUAAUCAGUGCCAGACCCAGCUGCGGGUUCUGUACGCGCAGCAGCUGGGCGGGCAUCCGACGGAAUUCAAGGCAUACCGUAUUCUUUAUUUCAUUUACACGCGCAAUUGGACGGCCAUGAACGAUGCGCUAGCCGACGUGACUGCAGAAGACAAGCAAGACCUCGCCGUCAAGCAUGCUCUCGACGUUCGCUCCGCCCUCGCACUCGGCAACUACCACCGCUUCUUCCAGUUGUACCUCGACACUCCCAACAUGGGGGCAUACCUCAUGGACAUGUUUGUCGAUCGGGAGCGGUUGACUGCUCUUGCUGCCAUAUGUAGAGCGUACAAACCCGAUGUCAAUAUCCGAUUCAUCACGGAAGAGCUGGGCUUCGAGUCCGAUGAGCAGACCGCGCGUUUCAUCCUAGAUCACUCGUCCGAGGACACCCUCGAAGAGAAACACGGGUCUGUGAGGCUCUUGACCAGCAAGGCGGCCGCGCGGUUUGAGCAAGCCAAAGCCGAAGCCAACCGUAUCGUCGACAUCAAGGGCCAGAUUUAA